AUUCGAUCCGGCUAUAUUCGAUAGUACUGACGACGACACCAUCUUUGAGCUGCCGCUUAACAGUCCGAGUCGAAAUCGGAAUCAGAAAUAUCGUUUUCGCUCGAGGCGUCACCUCUUCCUGUGAUUACUGGAUUAGAGAUUAGGGCUCGCAGAGGUUUUUGACCUAUUCGAGAAGAUGUAUUCCGAUCGUGUGGAGGCUGGGAAUGUAAGCAAGAAUACGGUGAAGAGCCGUCUCAAUGGUGGCUCUGGAGACUUGUCUUCGCGCGGGAGACAAGUCACGAGGAAGAGAGGAAGGCAGGAUGAUGAUAAGUGGGAGCAUGAUCUUUUCGAUGAUGACAACAAGCCUCGACUUUCAAAUCGCAAGGUUGACCCUAGAGAUCUCCGUUUGAAGCUCCAGAAGAAACACCAUGGCUUGCAGAGUCGGCUAGGUGGAGCUAGUUUGGGGGAACGGGAUCUGCGCGAGAAGCUAUCCGGGGCAAAGAAUCCACCACUAAGGAACAGUAACUUACAAAAGUCUACAAGGGAGGCUGCUAGAUCACCAGCCGUCAAGAACGGUUCAGGUGAAACCAAAUCCGAGACCAGAGCAGCUUUGAACGGAGCUACCAAGAAGAAACCACAGCAGGCUGGUACCUCAGUUGAUAGCUUCCUGGAAUCAUUGGGUCUCGAGAAAUAUUCAACCUCAUUUCAAGUGGAAGAAGUUGAUAUGGAUGCUCUGAUGCAUAUGACAGAUGAUGACCUCAAAGCUAUGCUCAUACCAAUGGGACCCAGGAAGAAGAUACUUCUUGCUUUGGGAUCUAAACGUUGAUAGAUUUGCUUCAAAGCUCUUAGGUGAAUGAUUCUCAGAAAGACCCUGAACUUUUCUUUUUCAAUGUGUCCCUUUUUGGUUUCUCAUAUGUAUCUCAAGAGACGAAAGUAGGUCGCGAUUUGAGAUUAAAACUGUUGUAACAGAGAAAAAGUAAGUUGGAAUGGGGAAAAAAGCGUUCUGAGCUUUGUUUC